GAUUGAUGAUGACUUGACAGCGAUGCGAACCUCCCAUUGAUUGAUCUCCACUACACUCCCCGCUGACCAGAGAAAACACUCGAUAGCGAAUGCGAGAGGGGAUUUAAAUUAGACAUAUACUGUCCACCUCAGUUCACGGACGAGGUAGCUGUUCGCGUUUUCAUGUAGAUAGGAUAUUCGCUAUUUAGCUUUGCUCACCGACCAGCCUGACAUUGACACGGAACGACGCUCGCUAGCUCGUAAUGUCGGCACUGUUGGACUUGUUUUCCCCUCUAGACCCCGCUUCCUGUUAGCCUUGGGCUAGCUGGAAAAUCGAAUUUAUGCUAAUGAACGAGCAGGUAUAGUUAGCAAACGCAGAGGGGUGUAACUUUUCUGUUUACUGUAGGCAAGCCGCUGUGGUUUACUUCUAAUUUAUUGAAAAACUUAUGCUAAUAACUUUAUUUUGCAAGCAACUACCGGGCGGCCGUUUUUUGUGUUUUGUUUUUAGUUCGCUAACGCUUUACAGCUAGCCAUCUUGCUUAUGUUUUGUGUUGUCGGAUCGAAGUGUUUUAUUUAGCUGGCUUUUUGGUGGCACAGAGCUGGCUAUUAUUUUCAGUUGUUCCUCAGCAUAAGUCUCGGCAAUGGUUUCACUCAUAUAAGACUUAAUUCUGUGCGACCAGUGCUUAUAAAAUACUUUUAUUUAAUGUGGGGAAAGCCUGACUGUUGACUGUGAAAACACAAAAGAGACGCAGAAAAUGAUUAAACCGUUCUAGUAAUGAGGACAGCACUGACGAUAACGGAGAGUUAAAACAUAAUUUUGUUGUACUGUAUGCAGCUGUAUUAAUUUUGAAUCCUUAUGGUUUAAGAAAAUAAUAAGCGGUUUUUCGUUAAGUUGAGCGGCACCGAUAGCAAAAAGGAGAAAGUGGAUGGAGUCGAUGCAGAUGGUGCUUGUGCGACAUACGAGGGCUGUGCUUCCCUGAACCUGCUGCCUUCAGGUGUCUCAUCUCAUUAAAACAAUAGCUUUAAAUGCCUCAGAAAACACUCGCAGUAGCAGGUGAUCGUCAGAGGUAACUGGGCGGGUAGAGAGAGAGAGACGGAAAAGCGGUCUAAAGAGCGAGGCACCUGCCCGUACGUCACAUUACAUCCACCACCGCCGUCGUCCUUUUCUAGCCAUGGACCCCCCGAGGACUCGUUCGCGGUCUCGGUCUGGCUUCUUUCAUUUCGCCAUGAACGGCAGCGUUGGAAGCAACGGCGGCGCUAACGCGAUCGGUAACGGGGGCUUGAUGAGCGCCAGCGGCGGAGGGGUGAACUACCCGCAGCAGAGCAACUCUAGCUGGGCGCCGCACCACGGAGGUCGUAGCUACCCCGAGAACCAGCAGCAGCACACCCAGGGGAGCUACCUGUCCGCAGGGGCGCAGCGCCACUCUUCACACGGAGCUCACAGGCAUCCCGGAGCCGGAGGAGUGCUACAUUUUCAUCCAGAUAACGUGUGCAGCGAGGAUCGGGACAAAAUGGAAGACAGCCCAAGCCCAAAAAGGCAGCGUCUUUCCCAGCAGUCCAUGUUAGAUUUAAACUCCGCCCCACCCUCAACUCCUUCCUCUCCCAUUCGCCCCUGGGAGCUGCCGCCGAGUCGCAGACCACACCCUCACUACAUGCCAGAGCGAUGCCACACACCCCUUCGAAACCGUCGCAGCCCUCCAAUGAGACGUCAGCGUGGGCGGAGAGACCGUCUGACCCGACACCACCACCACCACCCCCACAACAACAACAACAGCCAUCACCACUACAACAGCAACAACAAUCACCACCAUCACCCCAAUGCCCACCAUCAUCAUCAUCACCACCACCACCUGCACUCCCAUAACGGCCCUUCACCUGGCCAUCAGGAUGAAAACUACCGCCAUCCGGCUCCUCCACAGGGCUACCCACCCUAUAACCAGCAGCUUCCCCGAGGGCCUGGGGCAGGGCCUGGGCCUGAAGAACGCCCUGGGUACCAUCCUCCAAAUCCCUCCCCGAGGCCUCUUCACCAGUCUCCAAACCUUUCUCCCAGGCUUCUGCACCCUGCAGCUCAUCCACAGCACCCACACGCCCACCCUUCCCAGCAACAGAGCAGUGUGGUGUUGGAUCUUCAUGAGCAGGGUUCGGCUCCUGUCUCGUAUCCUGUGACACCACCGGGAGCGCCACCAGGCCUGCCACCUCGCUCUGCCCCACAGCAGAUCCCAGCAUGCUCUGUGGUCUUCAGUGGUCAACACUAUCCUGUGUGCAGCGUCCCUCCUCCCGUCCUUCAGACUUGUUCUGUACAGCACUUACCGAUGCCCUACCCAUUCCCAUCACUGUUGUCCAGUGAUCCGGCCUUCCUGCUCCCCCCACCUCAUCUCACCCAUACCCCCACACAUCUUUCCCACCAUCCACCUCAUUUGCCUCAGCCUGGACAGUUUGGACCAUAUCCAGCACAGCAGGCCCGUUCGCCGUUACAGAGGAUAGAGAAUGAUGUUGAGCUGCUUGGUGAGCAUCUGUCUUUGGGUGCUGGGCUUCACUAUCCUCCUGCCACCCACCCUGCACUCACCCCACACUCCACACAACUCCACUUCCUGUCCCAUGACCCCCUGCCACAGGAAUUCUUUGGAGUGUCCUAUCCAAACUUCAUUCCUCGCCGUCUCCCAGGGCGACGGUACCGCUCCCAGCAGCUGCCACCUUCGCCUUACCACCCCAGCCUCUUGCCUUACUUCCUAUCAAUGCUGCCGGUCCAGCCAGGUCCUGCAAUCAGUCUAGAGCUGGAUGUCGAUGAUGGUGAAGUGGAAAAUUAUGAGGCUCUGCUGAACCUUGCUGAGCGCCUGGGAGAGGCUAAACUCCGGGGACUGACCAAGGGAGACAUAGAACAGCUUCCUUCUUAUCGAUUUAAUCCAAAUAACCAUCAGUCUGAGCAAACACUGUGUGUGGUAUGUAUGAGUGAUUUUGAGUCGCGUCAACUGCUUAGAGUUUUGCCCUGCAGUCAUGAGUUCCACGGAAAGUGCGUCGACAAGUGGCUGAGGGCCAACAGGACGUGCCCCAUUUGUCGAGCGGAUGCCUCAGAGGUCCAGAGAGACUCGGAGUGACCACACGAGGGAGCCAGACACUCCUUAAUGUCUGUCAGACAUGUUCAGCACUGCCUGCUCUCUCUCUCUCUCUCUCUCUCUCUCUCACACACACACAUACGCGCACACACACACACUCUCACACCACAACCUUAUAUAUUUGUGACCAUAAUCUUAUAUGUUUGUGCAGCACUCUCUCUUCCUGUUUUCUUUUCAUUCUUUGCCAAAAUGUUGCAUCCCCUCGUACAUGUAAUGUCAUUUUCAUGGGAUGACUUCCUCUCGCACUUUUCUACCAUGCAAAUGCACAGAAGUCCUCCAGUAUCUCCCGCUCUAGUGUGUGUUUGUGUGUGCGCGUGCGGGCGCGUACACGUGCAUGCACCACACCUGUGCAACUGUUGCUGGGCCCAUUCUGUAAUGCAGGGCCGUGUGUGUGUGUGUGUGUGUGUGUGUGUGAGAGAGAGAGAGUGUGAGU